UAACGCUGGUGCCCGUAGCUCCUGGGUUGUGGAUCUGGAUGCGGGUUCGAAGUCAGUUCAGUUUGUGUGGAGUUUGCAGGUUCUCCCCAUGUCUGUCUGUGUUUCCUCUAGGUGCUCUGGUUUCCUCCCACAGUCCAAAAUACACUUGUUUCUCAUGGAUCGGUGACUCUGGAUUGUCUAGCAUGUGGGAGAGACCGAGCCUGUGCAUUAAUGCACUAUGAUGGACUGGUGUCUUAUCUGGGGUGUACCUGCCGUCAUGCCACAUGGUUUCGGGAUAAACUCCGGAUACCGUGACCCUGCUGUGGAUAUGUGGUUAUUAGUGAUGGAUGGAUGAAACCAGCAGUCUGUGCACAUAUGUUCUCACAUUUGUUUUAUUAUUUCUAUAUACAUGCUGCCUGAAAAUAUUUGAACCCUGUAGGGAUGGUCGUUAUUCUUGUAGAAAAUAUUAAAACAAGCCUAUAAAAUCCAGACCUUAAAUCUUAAUAAUUAAUUCAUUUUUAUAAGUUUAUGGUUUACACACCUGGUUCUACUUACCUACUUGGUUUAACCAAUGCAACUUGGUGUUCACUUACAUUUCCACCUGCACUACUUCAGUGUUCUUGCUACACACAUGAUUUCCUCUAAAUGAACAAAUGGAAUUUGUAAAUACACACCUGUUGCAUCAGAUGAGUCUCAUUAAAUGACCAUUUUGUGGUAAAACCAAGGGACGUGAGGGGUUCGCACGCUUUUAAGCAGCACUGUAGCAGAGAAGCAAUUGCUUUAUGUAAAAAAAAAAAAACAUUGUUAUGGCAUCUCUGUUGCAUGCUGCACUAUUGACUAUAUACAUUGUUAUGGAACAGUGUAAAUAUGCACUUACACGUUAAUUUCUUACAAUCUUGGUCUCUUUUUCAGAGGGAAGGUCUUAUAAAGAGCUCAGCUGCUCUUCUUGCGCCGACUUCCUGAACUACAUGAAGUGGCUAUGGCAGUUCUGUUUUCCAAUUUUGUCAUUCUGACCACAGCUCUACUGUUCAGAGUUGUGCUGAAGAGGCGCUUGUCCAUCGUGCAGUGGGCAUCCCUGAUGAUCCUCUUCCUGUCCAUCGUAUCGCUGACCACGGGUACGGGAGGCAGUCAGCACGUCACAGCUGUGCACGGCCUGCACGCGAGCCGCAUGUCCAGCCCGUCCAAUGGCUGCCUGCUGUUUGUGGAGACACAGCGGUGGAACCUCAGCGAGGCUGGUUUGGGUGGGGCUGGAGAAGUGGGCGUGGCCUUGCCUACGGGUGUGCAAAAUGGGACCCUGCCCCAUGAGCUGCAGAGCUUCGGACUGGGCCACGUGCUGCUGGUGCUGCAGUGCUUCAUCUCCUCCAUGGCCAACAUUUACAACGAGAAGAUCCUGAAAGAGGGAGAGCAGCUGACGGAGAGCAUCUUCAUCCAGAACAGCAAGUUGUACCUGUUCGGCGUCGCCUUCAACGGGCUCACGCUGACGCUGCACUCGGAGUCGCGUGCCGUCGCCCUGCACUGCGGCCUCCUCCACGGCCACAACGUGUACUCUCUGUCCCUGGCCGUGGUCACGGCCGCCCUCGGCCUCUCCGUGGCCUUCAUCCUCAAGUUCCGGGACAACAUGUUCCACGUGCUGACGGCGCAGGUCACCACAGUCCUCAUCACGGGUGUCUCGCUGCUCGCCUUCGACUUCCGGCCUUCGCUUGACUUCUUCCUGCAUGCCCCCGUGGUCAUGCUCGCCAUCUUUGUGUACAAUGCAAGCCGGGCGCGGGACCCCGAGUUUGCCCUGCAGCAGGAGAAGCUGCGGGUCCUCAACGGGGAGGUGUCUGAGCGCUCGCGCGGGGAUGGCGAGGAGCUCGAGAGACUAACAAAGGCUGACGUGGACAGCGAAUCAGAGGACGAGAAGUCUCUCUAACCGUGAGGCUCAAGAGGGCGCUGAAGGAGUAGUGCUCGGACCUGCGACUGCGUCAAGUGUCAUUUUUAGAAUCGUGUGAACACUUGCCUUAAUGUGCCUAUUUAAGGGACUAAGGAAGAGAAAUAUGAACAAACACCAUAAUUGUUGACAGGUAUUGUAAUGUGGAUGAGGGCUGCAGGGGGCAAGGUUAACUCAAGUGCCGUCUAAGUUCAGCGAAGCGAUGGGGGAGCGUCAAGUCUGAAUGAUUUGCUGCAGCUCGACUGCAACAAAUCAUUCAAAUACUCCCAAAUACUUACUGUUUAUAUAAUAAGUAGUUUUUUCUACUAAGGUAACCUUGUCUAAGGCAUAACAUUUUCCAGGCUCAAAAACGG